AUGUCACAGAAACCAAAUAUAUCUACUUUUGAUAUUAGAAAACUUUCAAUAUUCAAGAUUGAAGAGAGAAAAGAGAAUAAUGGUAAGAAUGGCUUAGCCGCUAGUGAGUGGUUUCACUUCCCUCAAAGAUCUGAUAUUACCAUAAAUUUCUUCAAAUACCCAACAGAUGAAAGCAGUUUUCAUAUUUCGAUCAUCUGGAAAGGAAAUGUUUUACAUCAGACAUAUUGGCACCAAGGUACCAAUAAUUUUAUCUCAUCCAUUGGAAAGUAUCCUUCAGUCGGGUUUAAAGUUGUAAGCCCAAAGGGUGAAUUGUUGAAGAGGUUUCAAGUUAGUUUCAAUACCAAGGAUGUAUACGAUAGCUGUUGUAAAUGUGUGGAAGAGAAAUUGAAAGUGACGUUGAACCAAAUGGAUGCAGUUGCCAUUGGUGAAAAUUCACAGAUUAUAGACUACCCAAAUCAGAAUAUAGCAGCAGCCUCACAAAACCCAAACCUUGUUAUCAGACCUUGGGAAAAUGCCUUAAAUAACAAAGACUGCUAUCAACCAUCACGACCUUUAUGCAGACCUCAGUAUAACCCUCCUCUGGAACACAAUACUUCAUUUUCACAAUUAGAAGAAUCCACCGGCUUGCCAAAUAUAAAUCUAGAACAACGAAAACAGCUCCAAUUGAACACAUUACAUCAAUUACGAGAAAGGAGUCAGUUACAGAACAAUUAUUUUUUGCCACAGUAUCAUCAGCCUCAGGCCUGUUAUGCUCAGUAUCAACCACCAUACACAUAUUUGCAAACAAGUCCGCAGCAGAAUAUAUUUAAUCCCGACCUGCUUGCUCAAGGUAACAGUAUAGCCUUAGAAACACCAAGCGUGGAUUAUAACGGGGAAAUGUUAUCUGUUUCCAAUACUAAAGCUUUAACAUCGAUUGAUCAGAGUAACCAACAGUUCAUCAACCGUAUUGGUAAUCAUCUUACGAAUGAAUCAUCAGUGUUUAGUCAAAAUGAUACCAAUAUGAAGCCUAAACCUCAAAGUAAAAUCAAUAAUAAAAUUCAUUCAUGCGAGAGGGAUGUAAAUAUAAACAAAUCUGUCAUAAAAGAAGAAGAAAUACUGUCGAUGGAGAUAGGGAAUAAAUUCCUUCUACCAAAAUCAUCGACCAAUGGAAUUCAAAAAUCUUCAAGAAUGAAAAAAUCUAAUUCGAAAUAUGAUUUGUUUAAAAUGAAGGAUACUGAACUAAAAAGGUUGGUUACUCAAAAGUUACUGGAUCAAGAAUUUGUAAAAUUUGUUGAAAGGCUAGAUAAAAUGGUAUCGCAACCUUAA